AUGGCGCCCAAAGAUGUGGCGCCCGAGACGCCCCCAAGCCGGGGCAUCUCUUCCCGUUUGCUCACGAUGAAGUUUAUGCAGCGUGCUGCCGCCACAUCAGAAACGCCCACCACACCCGACGAACCCUCCGCGAAAUCCGGAACCACAUCCUCCUCCAAGCGCCGCCGCUUCGAGAACUCACCACUUACUGGCGACUACCACUCCUUUGACGAGGCCGCGAUACAAGCUGCCCUCAAAGAGCAAGAGGCCACACGACAGGCUGCGCUGAAGCUUCACAAGACGGAGCUGGCCGACACGAACUGGGUGCUCGACGGCUUCGCGAGCACCACGACCGCCGCGGCCCCCAGGGUUGUCGAGUAUGUCGGUUUUUCAGAGAUUGACGCCGGCGGAGAAGAAGACACGCCCAACCGCGCCCAGGCUGGUAGGAAGAGGGUCGGCAACUACAAGACGCGUGAAGAGAAGCAGGCGAAAGAAGACGCCUCAUCGGAUGAGGACAGUGACUCGACUGACGAAUCCUCAGACGACGGCCGCGACAGGCGGGCCUCCAAGACCUCGACACCACACAGGGACGGCCCCCGGAGGCAGAGCAGCGUUCACCGCAGGGAGUCUGCUGGCGCAGCCAAGGCCAAGGAGCUCAGGGACAAGCGCAAGAAUCAAAAGGUCAACCUCAACAACAUCAGCUCAGUUUCGGGCAACGCAAGGUCGGGCCCCAUCACGUCCAUCUCAGGGGGCGGCGGCGGCGGCGCGGGGAGCAGGUCCGGUCAAUUUAGCUGCCACUCAUGCGGCAAGACGGGGCACAAGGCCGUCGACUGUCCCAGCAGACGCAACGGUGGCGAUAAGCGUCGAUCCUAUGGACGAGGGUCCUGA